AUGUCGCAAAGCAGCGACUCUGCCAAAGAGGCUCUCCACGACGAUGUCUGUGUUACGGAGGUAAAGUCGGCAGAAGUAUCGUUCGCACAGUAUACAAAACCCCCAUCGUUCUUUGGCUCCUUACGAAAGCAUAGAACAGCGUUACUAUGGUGCCUCUACAUACUAUGGUGUGUGCUUGCCAACAAUUAUGCAAAGACUGCCGGGCAGUCUGUGCUCGGUAUCCCGCAGUUCCGGAAGGACUUUGGCAAUGCCUACAAUGGCAACUAUGUCCUUUCCGCCAAGUGGCAGUCCGCGUACUACGGUGCUCCUCAGGCAGCAUCCGUCAUAGGAGCCUUGGGCGGCGCCUGGGUUGCCGAUAAACUGGGUCGACGAGCAUCACUUGCCUUCCUAUUCGGCGUCAGGCUCAUUUCCGUCACUCUGGAAUACAUCGCCACCACGAACGAGGUCUUCUUCGCCGGGCGCUUCCUCGGCGGCUUUUCGACGGGCGGGACGAACUCGAUCUGUAUGGCGUACAUCGGGGAGAUCACCCCGCUACCAUUGCGCGGAGUGCUUACGGCGGCCAUGCCCAUCGCGCUCAUCACGGGUUCGCUGGCUUCCGCACUGGUGGUCAACUUCACUGGUGAUCAGCCCACGCGCUGGGCUUAUCGGAUCGCUUUUGUAUCGGGGUACGGUUUCAUGGGCAUCGCCGUGCUUGUGCUCCCCUUUAUGCCGGAGUCACCAUGGUGGCUGGCCAGUCAUGGCAAACCAGACAAGGCAAUGAAGGCUCUCCAGAAGAUUGGCUUUACCGACGACACCGAAGCCGAAAUCAAGAUGGCCGAGAUCAAACGUGUCUUGGCCAAGACCGAAGAAGAGACCUCCGGAGCGACAUACGCCGAAUGCUUCCGCCGCUCGAACCUGCGACGCACCAUCAUCGCGGCAAUGCCCUUGACCAUCCAGACCUUCUCCGGCGUCACCUUUGUCGGCUCCUACAGCACGUACUACCAGCAACUUGCCGGCUACAGCGCCGCGGCCAGCUUCAAACUGUUCAUUGUCCAACAGGUCCUGUCGGGCGCCGGCAACGUCGUCUCUUGGUACCUCGUCGACAGUGUGGGACGGCGACGAUUGACGCUGUCGGGCAUGAUCAUUUUGACGACACUCCUCUUGAUCACAGGAGGGCUCGCCGUCUCAGGCACUCCCGGCGCCAUCAGAGGCACCAUUGCGCUCCUCCAAUUGUUCUGCUUCGUGUACAACGCCACCAUCGGCGCGACCGCUUACACCAUCAUGACCGAGAUACCCACGGCGCGACUGCGAGCCAAAACUGCGUCGCUCUCCGUGGGCUUGCAGAGCGCUUUAUUCUUUGUUCUUGGUGUCAUACAUGAUCCUUCCGAUCUGUCGAACUGGACUAACAGGUUGGCCCUGCCAUGCGGGGCGGGGGCGUACGAGCAGACCAUGUGGGGUUUCGUCCUGCCGUACCUGUUCAACCCUGACAAGGCAAACCUGGGCGCCAAAGUCACGUUCAUCUUCGGGGCGCUGUCGGUGCUGUCGAUUUGGUAUCUGUGGGCCUAUCAGCCCGAAUCGGCGGGCCUGAGCUACGAGAGAUUGGACGAGCUGUUCAUCGGCCGGGUCAAGGCCAGGAUGUUCAAGGAGAAGGACGUGAGGUGUUUGGACCGAGCCGGAGGCUUGGACGGCAUACACAGGACGUGUGACGCCGCGCUCACGAAAUGCUGA